UUCAAUUUAGCCGUAACACGGGCAGGAUAACCAACCAAUUGGGACUUUUAGCUACCAAUUUAAUUUGUGAAUGCGCAAAAGUGUCACUCUAAAAGAGCACCAAGUAAAACAAAAAAAACAUCGAAUCGAAAAAUGAAAUUCGAAAAAUGUGCGUUUAAGCGUUAGAAAAUUAUUAACGGUACUUAAGACGAAAUUUUGUGUGUUGAUUUGAAGUUUUAUAAUGAUAUUGCUCAAGAAGCGGCGCUCACAAAGUGAAAGUCGAAAAGUGGAACAUUCCCGCAAGAACGCACAAUCGCUCGAUAAUCGCGCGGACGAUAGAUUGCUGCAACAACAACAACAACAAAUCAUACAAAGCUUUGCAUUUGGCGACACAACAGCCACAAACAGUUUGGAAAGACGCAAAACAUCGGCAGAAAUGAUUAGCGAAGCCAAGUCCAUGUUGGCCGAGAUUUCGACCAAAACGUCGCAUAGCGGCAGUGAUGGCGGCGGCAACAACAACAGCAACCGCAUAGGAAGUAAGUUCGGUGGUGUGCGAGUGGUCAGCACGCGUCGUCCCGUCACGCCGCGUGAGCCUGGACGCGCGCUCUACGGCAAGGUCGCGUUGGCCGGAAGACCGCCCAGCGCAUUUUCUUUACGUUAUUUGCAAAACGAGAAUCAACGACAUGCGCCUAUGACCCCUUCACUGGAACCCAUACCGGUUCAACAACAGGAAGUCAAUGAACCAAAUGUAAAUGACUUUGAAAAAGAAGCAGCAGAAGAAGCACAAGCUAAGCGACGCACUUCAAGGCGUUCGAAUUCGUGGGAUGCGCGUUGCGAUGUUACUGAAGGAAAUUCUGGAGGAGGCGGUGGCGUGGGUAAAGGUGGCGCUAAUGGUCAAGCGAAACAAUUGCCAAGAAAGUUGCCCGCCCUUGAGAUUAGAGGCGUCGCGUUAGAAGCGAAGCAACGCUCCGAUGCCGUCACGAAUAGGGAACGCUUCAAAAAUGCGCAGGGUAGCAGCGAGAAUAGCUCUUUGGAUAUGAGUGGCUCCAAUACGGCGAUCAAUAUUUUAUGCUCACGCAAAUUUCAGCAACGCAAUUGUCAUUUAUUGGCACAAUCACCCACUGAGAAGCUGAUAGGUCUGCUGAAGGAGCAUGCAGGCCUCAAGGAAUGCAGCGAGGAGACUACAAAUCAUAUUAAUUCGAUCCUUGCCGAGCUCUACAUGCGUGUGCGCAAAAAUGAGAAGCACUACAAGCGCGGCUUCAUAUUAGGCGGCCUUUAUGGCUUGGUGGAGUGUUCGUCACCAAAAAUUUUACUAGGCGUCGCACGCGUGGUACUUGCGCUACGCGUCACCGGCAGCAACUUAACUGGUGCCUGUAAGCUCAUUUUCAAAGUGGCACGCAACGAGCUGAACGAUCAACUUUUCCACGACAACGACCUACUCGACUUGUUAAUCGACGGUUUGGGACGCGCUAGUCCGCUAGAUGAUCCCGAGGCAUGUAUUUAUGGCUAUGGUUCUAUACGUUUUCUCACCACCAGCACUGGACAAGAGCGUGGUGCCGAAGUGCUGAUGCCCAGCAAAGACACAAAUCGUAAUUGGACCGAGUGUUUGGAAUUGCCGCGCAAACCAGCUACGGCUCCAGCGCCGGGCACCGAUACAAAACAGGCGCUGGAACAUUCCCAGCAAGAUCGUUAUCAGAAAUUAAGCAAACAGAAUACGCUGGUCGAACGUCUGGCACGCCACGGCGCUGUAGAGUUGAUGGUAUUGCAUUUACAAAUACUGAAUGAAGCAGGUGCAACACAAAAGCUAACCGGUCCACCAUUGCAUUCGCUGUAUCAAUUGUCUGCCGCAUUGCGUGCAUUAUCCGAUGUGCGACAGACGACGCAUUCCUUCGAGAAGGACCUAAAUGCAACGGGAUGCAAUGAAUGGUCGGCAGAGGAUGUGGGCACGGCGAGGCAACAACAGAGCAUACAAUUGGAAUUGGCGUGUCCGCAUUUGGUGCGUGCCGCGGAGGUGGCCACCGGCGAGCUGGAGGUGCAAGCGAACAUCGUGCGCACACUAAGUGUGUUAUCCGAAGACAGCGAUUGCUGUCAUGUUUUGGUCAACUAUACGGCGCGUAUUGGCAUGCUGCUGGGUCCGUGCUGUGAGAUCUUUGAUAAUGCCUCUGAAAAAUUGCUGUCAUUAUUCAGUCGACUGGGCUACAUACUUGGCAAUAUAAUGGCUAAAUACGACAAUGCUCGGGUGCAGUUCUACCACAACGACGUGGCCAUGCAGUAUUUACUACGUGUGCUGGAGCUCUACUCAAAGGAGCCGCUGACACUGCACAACUCACUCGGCGACACCGUAAUCGAUGUGCUCGUCAAAAUGAUACGCGUCGUCGCAAAUAUGAGCGUAAACACCGAGGUGGGCAUCGGUUUGGGCAAUAUGCAUAAUCUGGGCGUUAUUAUGUUGAAUCUACUGAAUGCCAUAACGCACAUGAAGGCCAUACAAUUGAAAAGCGAUCUGCAGGAAUUGUUGCAUGCCACAUUAGGCGCACUGCACAAUCUGUGCUUCUAUCAGGAGCAGAAUAGCACACCGGCACAAGUGUUGGCCGCCAAAGGUUCAUUGCAGUGUGUGCUCGGCGAUUUGGCCACAGCACUUUACUAUGCACUCAAGACGUGUCGCGACGAUGCAUCACAGGUGGAGACGGCGCGCGUUUUGGGCAAUUUGACACGCAACGACAAGGCACGUCGCUACUUCUGCCGCAACGGCGGACUAACGUUGGUCGUGAAACAGCUGUCUGCUGGCGCUGCCAGUCAGGCGUACGACUUCAAGGCCUGUGCCAUUGGCGUGCUCGUUAACUUGUUGGGCGAUGCGGAGAAUCGUGCGCCAUUCAUGCAACACAAAGGCGCCGAAUUGUUGUACACACUGCUCGCGGCGGCAUUGCAGGAGGAGGAUUGGUUUUUGGCUACGAUUAUUUGUCAGGCGUUGUGGAAUUUGCUAAUCGACGCCAACAAUGUGGCGGACGUGUGUCAGGAGCAAGUGUUGGAUGAUGUUUGUGAUUUGUUGGUCGACUAUUUGGAUGAGGAACGCUUGUUUGAGCAUAGCACACGACCGGACGUGAUUUGGGAGGGCUUUGCAGUUGUCGCAACCGACUUAUUGGAACGCAUACAGGCAAGCUACGAUAAGCAAGAACAAGAGGAAGCCGAGGCAGAAGCUGAGAAGCAAAAGCAGCAACAAAAAUCCAAUGCGAGGGCUGAUAAGAACAACGCCGGCGAGGAAGAUGAUAUUAACGCAGAUGAAGAUGAUGAUGUUUACAUUGAAGAAAUGUGAGCUUUAAACAUGAGAUAAAUGUGUAUAAGCAGUAA